CUCUUCAGUCUUACUGCAUAGAGACCACAUAGUUAUGCAAGUCAUGGUUAGCUGCCACUGUUAAACAGUGUCCCAUAGCAACCACUGUCUGGCUCUGGCUUUGACUCUCAAACACACAGGUGUGCACAAAGUCUGUGCGACUUCAAAUGCCAAGAUUUCAGCAUGACGGUUCCAUGAUUGAUCAGAUGACAAGACUCAAACUGAAACUGCUGGAGAAGAGACUGGAUAACAAAAAGCACAAUAUGGACGACAGAGCAGAGUCUGCCCAGUCUGCAAGGAGUUACGAUGGACAGUUUGAUCAACUGUACCGAGCACUAAGGCGAAAACAGGACCUACUGCAAAGACUCAGGGAGCAGCACAUGUUGGAGGACCUCCAUAGACCUCACACCUGGGAAGGGUCACAAAGACCGUACAAGUCACAUUUCUUCAGGGCCCCUCAGCCACCUCCAUCGCUCCCACUCUACCAGCCAGCCCCUGUUCUGCCCUCCCUGCCCCCUCAACCACCUGCCCCGCCUCAGCCUCCGCGCAUCAUCCAACAGACUAUACCCCAGCAGCCUGCCACCAUCAUACAACAGCUGCCACAACAGCAGCCGCUGAUUACUCAGAUUCCCCCACCUCAGCCCUUCCCUGUAACACGCUCAGGCAGCAUAAAAGAGGACAUGGUGGAACUGAUGCUGAUGCAAAACGCCCAGAUGCACCAGAUCAUAAUGCACAACAUGAUGCUGAAAGCCAUGCCUCCUAUGAGCCUGUCACAACCUGGAAGCUCCAGUCACUGUGCUCAUCCGAAUACAUAUCAGGACAGUUUCCAGGGCAACACUAUUUUUCUAAGGCCAGACAUCAAACCAAGGGGAAGUGCUGUCCAUCAUCAUCAUCACUAUGAUCCUAACCCUGCAGCAUCACAGCUGCCUCCCAUCAGCCACCCUGCAUGGAUACCAGGGGUGCCAUCUGUCUCUGCAGGACAAGCUGGAGGACAUCCACCCUCCAUACACCAUGUAACAUCCCCUUUUACACUCCCACCACUCAAAGCAAGUCAUAUUUCGCUCUGAGAGAUGUCUCUAGAUCAAAAGUGCAUGGCACACAGAAAACCUGUUGGAAGUGAAGCCCUCACUGCAGAAUAUAACACUGGUUAAACGUACAGAAUGUAAAAACUACCAGAAACUUCCCAACAGAGGAGCACAUCUUUGACAUGCACUGAUGGAAUUACAAUUAAUGGAAAUGUUAUAAUCUUUGACAUUUUCUAAAUUGUAUCAUGUGUAAGUGGGACACAAACAAAACUGACAAAUAUCCCCACUGCACAUCAAAUGUUACCUUUAUUUUCUAUUUCCUUGCUAGUCAUCAGUUCAUGAUGAUUAUGCCCAAAAGAGUAUCUGAAAGCGUAUUUGACGUUUACUUAC